AUGCCCUAUGCAAUUUUAGCUUAUAAUAGUUCAAUUCACAGUUUCACUAAGUGUAGACCUUUAGACUUGAUAACUGGACAUUUUGAUCCACGUGACCCAAUAGAUAUCGACAUAUCAGAGCAUUUACUCCAGCAAUAUUCACAGGAUCACAAGAAACGUAUGAACCAAGUAUAUGACUUAAUAAAUGAGACUUCUUUACAUGACCGAACCCAAUUAACUGAAAAUAGGAAUAAAGACCGUGAGCCUGAAAAAGAAUAUUGUCCUGACGAGCAAGUGUUUAUUCGUAAUCCUUUAGCAUCCCGACAAAAAUUAGCUCCUCGUUUUACCCAGGACACUGUCCUUGCUGACCUUCCUAUCCAUAUUUAUACAAAGAAAAAGCGAAAUCCUAUUGCAAAGUCACGCCUUAAGCGAAGUCCUAAAGAUCCCACCUUGUUACAGGAUUCCAAUUUUGUUGACCAUCCUUCUACAUAA